AUGUCAACCACCUCAACGUUAGAUAAGAAAAUCAAUGAAUUGCAUAUCAAUGAGUCAUCCGAAAAAGUAAUCCAACAAAAGAAGCUAGCUGCCGAACGAUUAGAAAAGGCUAGAACCAAAAGAGAUCAAGAAAUUCAAGAUUUGAAAAACGAACAAGCAAUUAAUGCUAAAAAGGGUGAAUUAAUACAGCUUCACGCCAAUAUAGUCGAUGAAUGUAGGCAAUAUAUACAAAGUUUUGUUGACAAACAAAUGGACUGGACAAAUAUCGAAUUGGCAUUGAAAAUGGAGAAAAGAAAGAAAAAUUCGAUUGCAAAUUAUGUUGAAUUGCCAUUAAACUUGAAAGAUAAUAGAGUCAAUUUGAAAUUAGAAGAUCCAGAAGUGAAAGAAACUGAAAUAGAACUGGAAAGCGAAAGUAGUAGCGACUCCGAUAGUGAUUUCGAAGAUACUCCAAAACGUAAAAUAAAAGAGCAUACAGCACAAGGUGUUUCAGUCAGCAUAGAUAUCACCAAAAGUUCAUUUGCCAAUGCUAGAUAUUAUUUUGACAAUAAAAAGGAAGCUGAAAUAAAACAAGCCAAAGUUGAAAAAGGAGCAGAAAUAGCAUACAAAAAUGCUGAAAAAAAAAUUGGACAAGAUUUGGUUAAAAAUUUGCAACGUGAAAACGGUUUCAAACAAAAGGAUGAAAGAGAAAAGUUUUGGUUUGAGAAAUUUUUCUGGUUUGUAACAAGUGAAGGAUACUUGUGUUUAGCUGGUAGAGAUAAUAUGCAAACCGAUUUGAUCUAUUUUAAAUAUUUCAGUGAUGAUGAUUUCUUGGUGAGUUCAGAAAUAGAAGGGUCAUUGAAAGUCUUUAUUAAAAAUCCAAUGAAGGGUGAAUCAAUUCCACCUUCAACUAUAUUACAAGCUGGUAUAUUCUCAAUGUCAACUUCUCAUGCAUGGACUGGUAAAAUAAACACUGCUGCUUGGAUCUUACAUGGUACAGAAGUAUCAAAAUACAAUUCUUCUGGUAUAUUACCUCCUGGAGAAUUUAAUUAUUUAGCUAAAAAAGAAUUCUUACCACCAGCUCAAUUAGUAAUGGGAUUUGGCUUUUAUUGUUUAGUUGAUGAAGAAUCUGCAAAAUUGCAUGAAGAACAAAGAGUUGGUAGAGAUAAAGAGCACGGAAUAGUCAGAAUUUUAGAUAACAAAAAGAAAGGUGUGGAUGUAAAAAUCACAAACGUCAAAGAUGCUGAGCCAGAAGUUGAAGCAGUAGAAGGGCAAGAUCUGGAAGAAGUUGGUGAAGAAAUAUCAUCGAGGGGUAAAAAAGCGAAGAUGAAAAAAGCUGCUAAGUAUGCUGAUCAAGAUGAAGAAGAAAAAGUAUUGAGGAUGAAUAUGCUUGGUGGGAAAAAGAAGGAUGUUGAUAUAAAGCAAAAACAAAACCAAAAGUCUCAACCAGUAGAAGCAAAACCAAACAAUUACAACAAGGAGCAACAUGAAAGAGAAAUUCAAAAAAUAUUACUAGAAUCAGAGGAAGAUAAUCUGUUGGCAACUUUUCUCAAUACAAUGGACUUGAUGACACCAAAACCAAGUUCUAUUGAUACAAUCGUUGGUUUAGUUCCAGUAUUUGCUCCAUGGUCAGCCUUACAAAAAUUUAAAUACAAAGCCAAAAUUCAACCAGGGUUAGCAAAAAAGGGGAAAAGUAUGAAUGAAAUUAUAAAUUAUUUUACAUCUAGAAAAAUGGAUAAUAAUAAAUCCGAUACUGAUCUAGAUUGGCCAGAAGAAAGGGAAAUUUUAAAUUCUUUAAAAUCAAAUGAUUUAAUCGGUGUAUUCACUGUAAGUAAAAUGAGAUUAAUUUUACCGAAGAAAUAA